UCGUACGUGGCGCGAAAUAGUUUCGGAGCAGAAAAAAUGAUGAAAUUGUAAAAUUGAUCUGUAGGUGGAUUUUUUUGCAAAGUCACCAAAUGAGAACAAAAAUGAAAAAUAAUAAUCUGAAUUCACGGAGUAACGAAUUUCCCGUUGGUAUAACACCGACCGACGAGGCGGUGGUUGCGGGAAACUUUGCCCAUUCUCUCCCGAUUCUCUCUCUUGCCCAUCUCUAGCAAGGAUCGAAUCGAGAGCUCAAUCGCUCGUUCCUCCUCGGAUCGACUCCGGGAUCUGUGGUUUCUCUUCAAGAUUCUGGAGAUGUCGGUCCCCUCGGACCAGGGCUGUUUGAGGAUGAGAGUGGAUCCUCAGUUGACAGUUACAUCAAAUUGGACUAUCAAUGUUUCAGAUGUAAGAACUGUGAAAGUCAGCAAUAUUUCCCUGGCUGCACUGGAAAGGGACAUUGAGGAAUUCUUCUCCUUCUCUGGGGACAUUCAAUAUAUUGAAAUGCGGAGGGAAUCUGAAAGGUCUCAGAUCGCUUAUGUCACUUUCAAGGAGUCGCAGGGAGCAGACACAGCAAUGCUUCUCUCAGGAGCUACUAUAGCUGAUCUUUCUGUCAGCAUAACACCAGUCGAGGAUUACCACCUUCCUCCUGAAGCGUACGAAGAGAUACCGGAAGGGAAGGUUUCGUCAACUGAGUCUGCAGUGAGGAAGGCAGAGGAUGUGGUGAGCAGCAUGCUGGCCAAGGGUUUUGUCCUGGGCAAGGAUGCCCUCAAGAGGGCCAGGUCUCUUGACGAACGGCACCAUUUUAUGUCCAAUGCCUCAGCCACGGUGGCGUCUCUGGACCGUAAGAUGGGCUUGAGUGAGAAGAUCAGCAUGGGUACGGCCAUGGUCGGCGGGAAGGUCAGGGAGGUGGAUGAGCGCUUCCAGGUGUCAGAGAUCACAAAAUCCGCCCUCAGAGCGGCGGAGCAUAAGGCGAGCAGUGCAGGGUCGGCCAUCAUGAGCAACCAGUAUGUGUCGACCGGAGCAUCCUGGCUCUCGAGUGCACUUGGCAUGGUGGCCAAGGCAGCCGGUGAUGUGAGCACGAUGACCAGAGAAAAGGUGGAGAAGGCUGAGGAGGAGAAGAAGGAGAUCCUCUGCAGGGAGAGGAGAGAGAUUGUGAGCAACUUUGCGCAGAUUCACCUUGACGAGUCGUCUCUUGGGGAGCCUCCGACCGUGCCGGUGGAUUCAGUGGAUGACAAAAAGCUACAUAUCAUAUGAGUUCUUAGCCCGGUAUUCCCUUUUUUUUUUUUUUAGGGCUCAUAUUGAUGAUUUUUGGUCGCUGUUUAGAAUGACUGGAAAGAUGUAUCGUUUUUGGCAACGUUAAACAAGGGAAAAAAAAACUGCAGCUUCAAAUUAAAACAAAUGUAUGCGCAUCCGGGGAAUCGAACCCCGGUCAGUACCGUGGGAGGGUACUAUGAUACCACUACACCAAAUGCGCCACGGGAUAAGCUUGGGAAAUACCUCGUAUUGUCAUUUAUAUCUAUAGUUCAGAUACAGACCAACAACAACCAACCACGCGCGGAGCGGCACGCGAAGAGUAGAGAAACCGUUGCUGAGAACUGCUUGCGAUUGCAGUAAAUUGGAGUUGCAGCUAGUUUUUCCUGCAAUUGAAAUUUCUAGAGUUAGAUCAUUUCUCGCUGUACAAAUAUAGCAUGCAGUUAUAGUUACAUAGGUCCAAAAAUCUAUCUUGGUUUACCAAAA